CUCCGACUCGUCGGCGAAUGGGUGGUUUGUAAGGUCCGGGCGAUCGUACAUAAAGUCAGAAUGCCGCCAAACGCUCAGUCCUCCUACAUCGCAAUACGAAUCCAAGUUAGAGCCAGUGCUGCAGGAUCAGAGUUGAGCCAACGAGGUUUCGUCUGAUAAACCAUCAUACAGCGCUCAUCAACCAUUUCGUCAGAUAGUUUUGGGAAUAUGACACGAGGUAGAGCACUUUCGCCAUGACCAUCUCAAGAUUCCAAGAAGGCUCGGAGAGGAAACGCAAAGUGCACAGCAAGUCUCGAAAAGGAUGUGGGAAUUGCAAGUUAAGACGAGUGAAGUGCGACGAAACACGUCCACAGUGUAAUAAAUGCGUAUCUUACGGCGUAUCGUGCAACUUCGACAAAAAGCAGUCUUCACUUGACCUGUCGGCACAAGGGUCUUUCCAGGUGGACCUCUCGCAUAAGCCGCAGACAGCUAAUCUGAAACAAGGCCCACAGAUCGAGCCUGUAUCGGUCAACCAGACCAUAGCUUCCAUAGUCUACGAUUGCUUAUCAAAUGAUACAGCUGCUCCAUUUGGCAAUGGCAAGCAGUUCUGGGUCUUCGACGACAGAGAUUUAGAGAUUCUGAAGAGAUUCCAGGAUAGGACUGUCAUGACGAUUGGGACACGUAGGACGGCAGGGGCGUAUCGGGAUUGUAUGAUACAGCUUGCUUUCGCGCAUCCUUUCCUUAUGCAUAUAGUUCUUAGUCUAACCCUAAUGCACGACGCACACCUCUCCAGCGAUGCAAUCAUGAGUAUGCGUUUCAAAACUAUGUCCCUCAAACACUGGAACACAGGAAACGUUCUCUUUCAACGUAUCCUCUCUCGCCCUAUCGAGCCCUCCUCUCGCGAUGCCUUAUGGGCAACGGCAGCCCUCACCGGAGCACUUGUCUUCUCCUAUGUCGAGAAUACUGACAUGGAGCAAUCAUGGCCUCUCAAAUCCCCGGAUCCGCAUGACCUCGACUGGCUCAAACUCAGUGACGGAAAAAAGGCAAUAUGGCAUCUCACUGACCCACUACGACCCGACUCUAUGUUCAAGAUACUCGUCCAGGAGCAUGAACACCUACAUGUACCGGGAUGGGUCGAAGAAAAUGAUCUGUCCCUCCUUCCAAAAGAAACAAGACGGCUCUUCAAUAUCACCCCAUCCUCCACCGUCCAAAACAACCCGUACCAUCUCCCCGCGCUGAUUCUCAGCCGUCUUCAAGACAUGAACCCAACCCAUGACAAUAUCCUCAAUUUCCUGUACUUCAUGGGCCAUAUGUCGCCGGAGUUCCGUACACUUCUUGAAACGAAGGAUCCCCGGGCUUUGCUGCUUCUUGCGUGGUGGUUCAAGAGACUGGAGACUGGGGAGCUGUGGUGGUUGAAGGGGAGGGCGAGUGUUGAGGGGAUGGCAAUACAGGUUUGGCUGCAGAGAUGGUAUGGUGGGGAACAGGGGCUGACGGAGAUGUUUGAGAGGAUAGGGAGGUGGGAUAAUAGGGAAGACGGGUGGGGUAGUAGGGAGGAGAGUGCAGAGGCUGAGAGCCCGUUGACUGGGUGGUUUGGGAGGGGCGCCUUUGAGGGGACAUUGUGGGGGAAUUGUACUCCGCAGUGA